GUGGGUCUUUUGCAAGCAUUUCAGAUUUUGGGCCCUAGUCGCGCCAUGAGAGUGUCCGGCUACCCGACCAGAAAUAGAAGAGUACAAGACCUGGGGCAUAGCCCUCUCCCCCGGUACCAACGGGCUAUACAACCUUGAACACCUCCUCCAGUAGAGAAGUACUCUCAGAGUUUGAAAUUGUUCAGUCCAUUCAAUACCACCCUAUUGCCAUGGCCUCUCCGUCUGGCUAUCCGUCCGACCCUACUGGGCCGGGUCGUCGAUCCAGUGAAAUCAUCCCUGGCCAAGGACAAGAUGUUGCAGUUCCUGCUCAUCUCCUUCGUUCCACUGGCGCUCUUGGAUCAAGGCGAGAUCGAUCUCACAACGGGGCAUGGGCCCCUCAGUCAGAAAAUCCCUUCCUCGACUCGGAGCGGAUAGGAAGCAUACGACGCAACGGCACUCAAAACUCGGGCGUUCGACGAUACGACACCCAACGCUCUGUCAAUAUUGAGAGAUCAAACACCACUGGCGAGCGAAGGAGAAGCUACCGGAUAUCCUGGUUCAGCAACGCUGGCAACAGAAACUCACAAUUCAGUGCAGCACUACCCUCACCUGCUGAAGAGGACCCAGCACUCAACCGAAGACUCUCAUUCACACCAGGCACCCCCGAUGUCAUCGAUACCCCCAGACAGAGCCGGGCCCCGUCACCCAACUUUCUUGGACGUAGCCCCAGCUGUUCAACCAAAUACUCCAACGAAAACCCAUUUGCAUCCAGACCCAACUCAGUCAAGAGCAACCCGUUUGCAACAGAAAACAACUCGCCUCGAACAUCAGCCGAGCUGCCACCCCGAGAGCCUGAACCUGCGCGUCAACGGCCACGAAAGGGCACCUUGCAGUCGGUGGUUGAUGGCAUCAUCCCAGACUCUCUGCAACGACGGAAGACUAACGCGUCCUACUUCCAACGAAGCGAGCUGUUUGGAACCUACGAAAAGGCCAAGCAGAAGGGUAUUGAGAUCCAGCGCAAGAAGUGGGUGCAGAUCGCUUUCGAGUACACGCUCUAUCUCAUCAUGGUUCUCUUCAUCUACUUUGUGCUCAUCGGUGUUCCGCUGUGGAAAGGUGCCGUAUGGUGGAUGUACUGGGUGGUACAAACCAAGUUUGUCCUUCCUGGUGGGUUUGGUAUUACGCUGGGCAUUGCGCUAUUCUACGCUUUUGCGCCUCUAUUGAUCCUCUUCGAAAAGGAUCCUCCUCCCGCCGAUUUCACCACCGAGACCAAGAUCCAGUCCAAUGUCUCGGACACUUGCCUCAUGAUCCCUUGCUACAAGUCAGCUGGCCUCAUCGCCAACACGCUCGAAGCCGCUCUGAAGAUCUUCCCACCAUCUCACAUCUUUGUCAUUGCCAACGGCAACAGUGAGACGCCACUGGACAACACGGAGGAAGUCUGCCGGCCAUACGGGGUGCACCACAUCUGGUCGCCUAUCGGAUCCAAGAUUGUCGCCCAGUUCGUCGGUUGCUACGCUGCCAAGGGCUUCAAGAACGUCCUUCUCAUCGACGAUGACUGCGCUCUUCCCGACAACUUUCCCGUGGUUACUGAACGCAUGACAGGCAUGACCAAGUGCAUUGGAUACACGAUCAAGUCCGUCGGACCCAACUCAUCAAAGGGAAACCUCUGCCAACAGGCCCAGGAUCUCGAGUACAAGCUCAGCGGUAUCCAGCGUGAAUUCGCCGGCAAGGUUGGCUCUGCGACGUUCCCCCACGGCGCCAUCUCCCUGUGGGACCGCGAACUCCUCAUCAAGACAUUCCACGAACACCCCGGCUUCAGUGUCUCCGAGGACUGGUUCUUUGGCCACGUCGCCCGCAAGCUUGGGUCGCGCAUCAAAAUGUGCUCGCAGGUCUUUGUCGAGACGGAAACUCCCACUGCCGUCUUCUUCUCCAGCGGCGGCUCGCGCGGCGGCUUCGGCGAAAUGACCAUCUUCUCCCAACGCUUCAAGCGCUGGAACUUCUUCUUCGUAAACGGCAUGUACUACAACAUGGCCUACAUCCUCGGUAGCUGGAAGCUGGGCUGGUGGGAGAUUGGAGCAAAGAUUUUCGUCUUCCAAGAGGUCUACGAAACGCUCCUCUACCUCCUCACGCCCUUUAUCCUGCCCAUCUCCUUCUACGUCCGCCCCUCGUUCUGCGGCUACCUGCUCGCCGCCACCAUUGUCAUGUACGCGAUCAACGUCAUCAUCUUUAACGAAGUGCAUCUGCGCCGCAAGAACGAGCGUGUUGGCUGGGUUCUUCUCUACGUCUACUACCUUCCCUACAAGAUUGUCCUGACCUUUGUCAACGUCGCCAGCUGCUACUGGUCGCUGUACAAAUACGCCCGCUACUUUGCCAAGCGUCACCCCAAGGUCAUUGAGGACGAAAAGGCCGUCGAGGUCGUCAUCCGUCUCGAGGAGGAACAGCAGUCGCCUGGCUGUGGCCUCGGCCGCCGCGUUACCGUGCGCACUGUCGGCGGCCGCCCCAGCAUCGAGGAAGUCGAAACAGAUGGCGUUGAUAUCGUCGAUGAGCGCCGCAACUCGUACCAUGUGGUUACCGAGCACGGCGAAGGCCUGCAUACGCCUGGCCCGCAGCAAAUGACGUUUGGAGCCAUCAACCAGUCUAGUCCCACCACCCAGUUGCUCAGGCAGGAGGGCGUCGUCGCCAGAGAUUACUUUGAUACGGCGGCGCAUGGCGGUGGUGCCACGACGACGACACAUGUGGAUACCAACAGACUGAGUCCCGGUGUGCAAGGCCACAACAUGGGGUCCUCGCAGCGAACCUUGGACGUCUGAUUUUCCUUUUCCCUUUUCUCUCUUUUUUUCACUUCUUCCAAACCACCCUCCCCCCUUUU